GCACAGCAGAGUCUCUGUGCUGACUCCUCCAAACUCCUCUGCCUCUGUCCCUCUGCGCUCACUGUCGCUCCUCUGCUUCUCUUUUACAUUCACUCAUCUCCUGUCUGCUGCAGAAAUGGCCGAAGCUUUUGUUGGCACGUGGAACCUGAAGAGCAGCGAGAACUUUGAUGAAUACAUGAAGGCGCUGGGCGUGGGUUUUGCCACUCGUAAGAUUGGCGGUAUGACCAAACCCACCACCAUCAUUUCCCUGGAUGGAGAACAAGUGACAGUGAAGACCCAAAGUUCUAUCAAAAACACAGAACUCAGCUUCAAACUGGGCGAGGAGUUUGAUGAGACCACUGCAGACGAUAGGAAAGUUAAGUCCGUAGUAAAUAUUGAAGAUGGUAAGAUGGUGCAUAUACAGAAAUGGGACGAAAAAGAGACCAGCCUUGUCAGAGAGGUCAAUGGAAAUGCUCUCACACUGACACUGAAAAUUGGAGAUGUUGUUUCCCUACGUCAUUAUGAGAAAGCAGAGUGAAGUCCAAUACUGAAGAGCCACAAAACACUCAACAAACUAACCCCUGCUUUCAGGACCACUUGGCUGAAAUUAGGCCCUUGGUACAUGUCAUACAAUCCCACCAUUACACUGUCUCUUCAGUUACUGCUGCUGUGAUUUCUCCCUAUUUCCCUAGAACAGUUCAUCUUUUACAAAACACUGCAUAAAUUCCAGUUCUUGUGUUGUUUUAAGCUUGAAUGCUGUGUUCGCUUUUGUAAUGGAAUUGUGUUAAGCAUGAUGCCUGUAUUAAACCUGGACAAAUGUUCGUAAUUUGAUUAUUGUGACAAGAAAUAAUCUGAAUAAAAAUGUCCACAUGGUUGGAUAAUGUGUUACAAA